ACCGCACGCACGCGCACUGCGCCCAGCAUGAGGGUCGCGGCUCUGAUCAGUGGAGGGAAGGACAGCUGUUACAAUAUGAUGCAGUGCGUUGCUGCCGGGCAUCAGAUCGUCGCUUUAGCAAAUCUAAGGCCACCUGAAAACCAGCUGGGGUCAGAUGAGCUGGAUAGCUACAUGUAUCAAACAGUGGGUCACCAUGCCAUUGAUUUGUAUGCGGAAGCAAUGGCUCUUCCCCUGUACCGCCGGACCAUAAGAGGAAGGAGUGUGGAUACAGGACGAGUAUACACCGAAUGCGAAGGUGAUGAGGUUGAAGACCUCUAUGAGCUCUUGAAACUUGUUAAGGAAAAAGAAGAAGUGGAAGGGGUAUCAGUGGGUGCCAUACUAUCGGACUAUCAGCGUGUUCGGGUGGAAAAUGUGUGUAAAAGGCUUAAUCUUCAGCCUUUAGCUUACCUUUGGCAGAGAAACCAAGAAGACUUGCUCCGAGAGAUGAUAUCAUCCAACGUUCAGGCAGUCAUCAUCAAAGUGGCAGCGCUGGGUUUAAAUCCAGAUAAGCAUCUUGGAAAAUCGCUGGCUGAAAUGGAACCUUAUCUCUUAGAGCUUUCCAAGAAAUACGGAGUCCAUGUUUGUGGCGAAGGUGGAGAGUAUGAAACAUUCACUUUGGAUUGCCCUCUCUUUAAGAAAAAAAUAAUUGUAGAUUCAUCAGAAGUAGUCAUACAUUCAGCUGAUGCAUUUGCACCUGUGGCUUAUCUACGCUUUUUAGAAUUGCACUUGGAGAACAAGAUAUAAGCUCUAAAGUCCUUACUGUGGAUCCAGAGGGAAUUAGUGAGAGUUCCUUCCCCAGAAAUCCCAUUUCAUCCCAAUGUCCUGAGUACAGCUUUGCCCAAGUCCCUAGCUUUACUCCUGAGCCAACCCAGGUACUAGAGAAAGGGAUGCUAUAGAAGGAAAACAAAGUAUAAUUAACAAAAGAAAGAUGAAUAAAUAAUAGGGGGGAAAAUGACAGAUACUCUUCCACAUGUUUUAUCAAAAUCACAUUGUCAUUUCAAACUCAUAUAAACAAAUAAAUUAACACUCUAUCCCGAAUAAUAGUGACCUCAAAUGCAAUAUCUCGAAUACCAAUCUGAAAAAUGUACUGCCUAAAUUCUUUAGUUUUCAUUUACUCUGUAACACAUUUACAAUCUAGCUUGACCUUAUUUACUCUUUUUUUAGUCUUCACAGUCCUUAAUUUUUCCUGAUACAGUUGGCCACCAUCUCUUUGAAAUUCCCCCUCUAAUGGUUAUAUGUCAUGUUAUUAUUCUGACAUAAAUUACCUCUCAAGAUUUCUUUUAUAUCCUCCAGUAGCUUCCCUGCUUUUUAUCUUCAACAUGUAUAUAUGCCUCAAGUUGUUUUUAUGGACCCCUUCUUUUUUAGUAUUUUCUCUUUCUGGGAUUUUUGUCUUUUCCAACAAAUUUAUUUUUUACUUUCAUGCAGAUGACUCAUCAGUCUCUUAGCAGACUUGGUAGUCUCUUAUUAGUAGACUCAUCGUUCUACUAAUAGCUACUUUUUUCCUUAACUCGUAAUCGUUAUUUCUGACUAGCUAUUGGGCGUGAUUGCCUCUAUCAAGCUCACAUGUACAAACAUAGAACUCAUUUUUACCUCCAAGUAUACUUUUUCCCUGUUUUUGUUACUUAACCCUACUGUUUUACCCCAAGUAACUCAGGCACGGAAUGUUCACAUCAUCUCUUAAUGCCUCUGUUCUGCCAUGUACACUCAGUUGGUACUAGUCCUUUAUUAGCUCUAAUAUGUCUCUUAUACUGUGACAUCUCCAUUUCCUUCCUCUAGUUAAAGUUGUAUCUUGAUCAAACUUUUCAGCAAGAUAGAACUUAAGCGUUCAUUUUCCCCAUAUUCUAUUCCAGUAGCAUAUUGAUUUUCCAUUCUAGUUUUUGUUUCUGCAUGAAAAUCCAUAACAGUGUUAUAUUGUUUUCUAAAUAAAGAAGGUGCUUAGCCAUGAACUAAGAACCACCUAAGGUGUUGGCUUACAUCUUCAGUCUUAUUCCCAGAACUCCUGUACAUGUGUCCUUUUGUCCAGUAAUAUAGAAGCAUUGGAUACUCUCCUACAAUGCCUUCUGCAUCUCUCCUCCCUUGCCUCAACUUAUUCUUUCUUCCCUUUAUUU